AGUGAGAUAGUGCGAGUCUCUGUUUCCUUGCCAAUUGCUGCGACAUUGUGUCUAUUGACACGAACCGCACGGCGCACCACGUCCGCGGAGGACUAUUUUAAGUGGAGGAGCGGCGCAAGUGUCGCGCGGAAGAUACGGCUCAGGUCGCGGGUCUCUCGGCUCCCCGGGCUCCUCGGCGGCCCUAUCAAUGAAAAAAGGUUCGUAACUCAAGAGUACGUUCACGUCCAGGGUCUGAACACCUAUGCAAGCAACCGCGGUACAUAUCGCAUCACCGCCCGCCCGCAAUUUCGCGUAAAAUUGGCAGCACACUGCGGGCGGGCGGCGAGGAGCGUCGCUCCCGAAAUAGUGUUCGGGCGCGGUCGUGCGCCGUCGGAAGCGGCGCCGCAGUCGCCGUGUGGCAGCGCGCGCGCUCCCGCGUCGCUUCCUGACCGCUAUCCGAACGGUUCAGACGCUGCCGGCUGAAGCGAGGCCCCGAGCGCACUGCACGGCCCCACGGUGCGCGUAUUUCGGUCGAGAGGAGGCCCCGGGCCGCGCUGGCCGCCGUGCUCUGGUGGUGGUGCGUGGCGCUGCUGCGGCUGGUCGUGCUCUGCGCGCCUCCCCCCGGCCCGCCCUCCGCGCGCGCCCCCAACGAUGCUCCCUCGGCGCUGGCCUGCGCGGCUUGCGCGCGUGCGCCCUCCAACUUUACCGAACCAACGACAACUCCGCCGACACCGACGACACCUACAACCGCGACCGACGCGACCCCACACACCGUUUCAGGGUGGUGGUGGGCAGGCGCAUGCGUGGCCGCCGUGUUGUUCUGCGCUGCGGGGGCGCUCGCGCGACCGCACCUGCGCCGGCGUACCGUCUCCGACGACCCCAUGCUCUCGGUUCAAGUGCCGGGGUGCGCGGGCAUGGAACGGCUGGGCGCGCCGGGGGGAGCGCGUCUGCGUCACGACCACAGGCACCACCAUACCACACUGGAAUGGGAGAAGCAGCAGAGACUGCAGGCUAUGGUGGGACGUCUGCAGGAGAUGGUGGAGCAGGAGACGAGAGCGCGCUCCGCCGCCGCCGCAGAGAGGCUCGGCCUGCCGCCCAGCAUACAGCUGCCAGACGGAGAGUACGGCCGGGACGCACAUCUCCAGAUACGAGUCCCUUAUCAGGUCCCAAGACGAGCUGACGAGAAGCAGUUUCCAACCUCCACCGAACAAAUGCGUGAGCGACGUGCCGGAGUGGGCGGGCGUGACGGACGCGCCGCCGGGACGCCGGGCGGGCGGCGGAGGGGGGAAGAAGGACGGGCUGCUGCAGAAGGCGACCCGCUGGUGGGUCCGCAUGGGCGCCCGGCCGCCGCCCGCCUUCCUCCCGACCAGCGCACCCCCGCCCUGCGUGAUGGUGCCGCGCCGCGCCGCGCCCUCGCCGCCGCCCGACGCGUGACCGAGCGACCCGCCGCCCCUCCCUCAUAUCACGCUUACAUUCCAUUAUCGGGACGAUCAGACUCGCCGGAGUGCACGCGUCCGCGUCCCGGAGUAUUAUAGACUUGCUAAUUUAUUUAUUUGGGACGGGCCACCCGACCGCGUGCUUUGUGAUAUGUGUCGUGACAGGGUCGUGUUGUGACAGUGCGGACCGGUCGAACGACGCCGCCGAGCGUGACUAGUCUUGAUACUUUAAGCGGUUUAGAUGUAGAGCUAAUUGUUUCUAUUGAUAUUUUAUUGAACUAGACGAGGUUUCACUGCCCGCUAUUUCUGUUAUAGGCGUUGCAUAGAGUGUGCGUCCGUGUUCCUCGCACUGUCUUUGAGUUUUUGAAAACUAAGACUGAAAUAAAUAAAAAAGAUGACACUAUGAAGUUUACAUUGAAUAUGUUGUCUUAGGUAAAAUUAAUUCAAAUAGAAACAAUUAAAGUAUAUAUAAUAUUUAAAAAAAAUCUUUCGGUUUUAACCUUGGAUGAUAUUGAUUGUAUAUUGUGAAUGAGGUCAGUCAACAGUAUGCUAUAAGGUCUUGCAGUGUACAGUUCACGUUUAAGUAACCUAUGUUAAAGUUUACUUUCUAUCCAGCUGCUAAAUAUCUGUGUUUAAACAACUUUUAUAUUUAUUUAAAUAUAUAAUAUAUAAUAAUGCAUAUCAGUACAGUAAUUGCAAGGAAUAUUAAUUUACAAAGCAUAGUUACUAUUUUAUUGUAAAUAUUGUCUCUAAUUUAAUAUUAGAUUAUGUGAUGACCGAAUGCCAAAAUAUGACGGUCAUUAUGAUUUGAGUGUUUGCUACAUUCCAUAUUUAUGUUGAAAUAUUUUAAUACUUACUGUAUUUGCCUCCAUCUACCCGCUGUCUGUCGAAUACAAUCACAACACACUGAUACAGCCGUUCAAUACAUUAGUUCUGUCAAAAUGACAAUAAUUAAGUAGUUCAUAAUGUAAAGGAUACACAUAAACUCAACAGAGAAUAGUCAAUGUAUAAGAAUUGGUUGAAUUAGUUAUAAAUGUAUUUAUUACUUGUAAACUAUGAAUGAGCGUGCUUCACCUGCUUUACUUGUUUAACAUAACUAAAUAUUUAAAAAAAAAAUCAAGUAGGCUAAUUUCUGUUGCAAUCCAACAACGUCAACUUUAAAUAAUUCUGUAAGAGAGUCAUUAGAGAAUUCAUUUAAUUUGCAAUUGCAAAUUUUAUUGUAUAUAUUUAGUUUUCAAAAACCAUUAAGCAGUUCAACACAGCUAUCUGAAGAGACUUGGUUGUUAUUUUCUGUAAUCAGACAUUAAGUGCUCUUUCAAAUUAACACUUAAGUUUAUUUCCAUUCAUUGUUUCUGAUGCCACACAAACCGAUCUAGUUGUUUUUAUGAACACUAAAUAUGAAUGCCUUCCAUUAAUUUAAGUUUUCAACACCCACCCAUACAAGAGAUCAAUCUGAAGGGUACCGAGAUCUUUACAUGUCUUUAUUUUCAAUGUCAUCUCACAAGAUUCAUCUGUGUAAGUUUGUCGAUGUUGUAUUUAUCAGUGUGAAAAGCUUAUGUAAGGCUUUGAUCGUUUCCACAUUAGUUCUAUGGUGUUCAAAAUAAUGACCGACAAUCACCACGAUUUGUAAUGUAUAUGAAUUAAAAAUUAUCAUAUAUAUUGUAUUCAAAAUUCUGAACGGGGUGGAAAAUAUUUAUUUUGUUGUAGCGUUUCGAGUACAUAGUUCUAUGUCAUUCAAAAUCUUUUUGAACAUUUUUCACACAAGAAUUAGUUAAUUCAUCCGCUCCUUUUGCAUUGUGUAUGAUGUCACACGAACCGAACAAAGGAAACAUGUGAACAUCAGGCCUAUAGAAGCUUUGUUAUGCUGUGUAAAAAAAAAACAGUAUUUUAUUAUUAUACGUCAUGAAAAUUCAGUUUCAUGAUACUAGUAUGCUAUUAUUUAAAUUCAUGAUGUCCUAUAAAAUGUAGGUAUUUUUAGUAUAUCCUACAAAUAUAGCUAGUUGAAUAUUACCAGUAAUAUAUUAAAUAAAUUGGAAGUUAAAUGAUACAUUAAUUAAUAAUAUGACAUAAGUAAAAAUUUGUUAUUUCUUUGAUUAGAUUAGCAAAUGAUAACGAUUGUUUAAGUAAAUUUUGUUGUCUAUUUUUAUGAUUGACGCAAUGCUAUAGAAUUUAUUGCAUUGCAUACAACAACAGUAAUGUAUUUUUUGAGAAUUGAUAUUAUUAUGAAAUUGAUAAUUACAUUUAUAACAAAUACCUUUGAUCGAGAAUGUGAUCUUUAGGUAAAACAAUGCUCUAAUGUGUUCAUCUGUAGGAGAAAUGUGUUUAAUGUGACAUAAUAGUUUUUUUUUCAUCGUAUUGGCAAAAUUUUAUUUUCAACUUGCUAAUGAUCGGAUUCUUAGGCCAUAAACAUUGUAUGUAAGCUGAAAUGAGCAAGCUAUUUUUUAAUGUGUGUCUCCAAUUUAUUGUACCUUACUAUUGUAAUAGUUUUAAAUUUUAAGAGAUGGUAGUGGAGCUGUCCUUGUACAAAAAUGCUGGUAAAAUAUAAAAGUUGUUUAAAAUAGUCUCACAGAAUAGAUAUUUAAUGUAGAUAUCAAACAAUAUUCCAUUUGUCAUAUAAAUAAGUAAAAGCAGAAGCAAAUUUUAAUUUAAAAAAAAAAAAACAUUAAAUUAUGACCUACCAAUAAUGAA